GUAUCAGUCCUCUCGCCCUCAGAGGCCCCUUCCAUCACCACACCCUGCACUCAAGUUAUGAUGCAGUUCGUGGGCAGCUCACUCUUGCCCCACAUUGCCACUGGGGCUCCACCGCGGGAUUUAUUUGAGCUUAGGACUCAGUGUGGAUCAAACACCAGCUAAACGACGUCAUUGCAGGUGGACGACAUGGCAGAGUGCGUGGCCCCAGGUGAAUUAAUCCAGAGACGUCCAAGUGUGGAAGUGCCAAAUGGAGAGCCGGCAGACUCAGAGUUUCCUGCGGACGAAAGGAAGCAGAAGGACCGGGAAGAGCGUGAGGCUCUGGUGUUAUGGAAAAAGCCUGUCCAAACACUCUACUACUUCACUCUUGAGCUGCUCAUCACCCUUGAAUCGUGGAUAAGCAGGCUCUGGCAGCAGAGGCAGACUGUGUUUGGCCUGCUGAUCCUGCUUAUCCUCUUCAUCCUUGCCUACCGUAUUGAAGGAACCCACCAGAAGUAUGUGCGCUACAUGGAGAAGAAGACGCUGUGGUGCGCCUACUGGGUCGGGCUGGGCAUCCUCUCCUCCGUGGGCCUCGGCACCGGCCUGCACACCUUCCUGCUGUACCUGGGACCGCACAUAGCAUCGGUUACCCUCGCCGCCUAUGAGUGCGGCUCUGUGGAUUUCCCCGAACCCCCCUAUCCGGACCAAAUCGUCUGCCCCACGCAGGAGGCUGCAGCGUCAGGGUCUGACACCGAGCAGGGGGGCCUGGAGGCCGCGGGGUCGGCCGCCCUCCAGGGGAGCAUCUCUCUCUGGACCAUCAUCUCCAAAGUCCGUCUGGAGGCUUGUAUGUGGGGUGCAGGGACAGCGAUCGGAGAGCUUCCUCCCUACUUCAUGGCGCGGGCGGCCCGGCUGUCUGGAGCCGACCCUGAUGAUGAAGAUUACCAGAAGUUCGAGGAGCUGCUGGACCAAGCCGAGUCCGAACAGGACUUUGCAACGCGUGCAAAACUGGCGGUGCAGAAACUCAUCCAGAAAGUUGGAUUCUUUGGGAUUUUAGCCUGCGCCUCAAUUCCAAAUCCCCUGUUUGACCUGGCAGGAAUAACAUGCGGACACUUUCUGGUUCCUUUUUGGACUUUUUUUGGAGCAACGCUCAUCGGGAAAGCAGUCAUCAAGAUGCACAUUCAGAAACUGUUUGUGAUCAUCACCUUCAGCAAGCACAUCGUGGAGCAGAUGGUCUCCCUCAUUGGAGCUGUUCCAGCGCUGGGUGCGGCACUGCAGAAGCCCUUCAGGGAGUACUUGGAGGCCCAGAAGGCCAAGCUGCACCAUCACACCGGAGAGGGGAUCCCAACUGAGGAGAACUGGCUGUCGUGGCUCUUCGAGAAGCUUGUGGUCAUCAUGGUAUGCUUCUUUGUCUGCUCCAUUGUCAACUCCAUGGCUCAGAGCUUCGCCAAGCGCAGGCAGCAGGAGAAGCUCUCCGGGGGCAAGACGGAGUGAGGGCCGGCCCGGCCGGCACAACUUUUGGGAAAAGCCCGCUUCUCUGGCCUCCCCGAGCUCCCACCACUCCUCUCCCUCCUGGCUGACACCCCACCAUUAUCUGAAGAAAAGUAUCGGGCCCCCAUCUGGUUCCUCUCUCCUUAUUGUAGCAACAUGUUCAUGUUCGAACUUGGGACUUCCAUGUGCUCGCUUUAUUUCAUUUACAUUUUUUGAAGGUUUUUUUUUGCGUGUGGUAGCGAUUUUGAGGAUUGUUCUUUGUGAGGUAGGUGUUUGUCUGCUGUGUGAGGAAGCUUGUUGUGCUCAACAUUAGAGGAAUCUACUGGCAGUAAUUCUCCACAGAAAAGCCUUAAGCUGCUCUGAGACACUUUACAUAAGCUGGAGUUAUUUAAAUAUGUUGUCUUGUAUGAUACCGGCUCUGGUUUUUUAAAAGCUUAUUUAUGUCUGAUCUAUAUAUAGUUUAUUUAUAAGACAUUCUGUAUUUAUGAGUGUGCUGUGGAGUUGUUGGCCGUGCUUAGAUAAGACAUGCCAAAUGGACUGUAAAUAAUUGUGCCCAGCACAUUUCCACACGUCGUGCAGCUCAAAGCCAAGUCGUAGCAGUGAUAUUGACAAAUGUAGCAAAGUGUAAGCGCUGCUUUUUUAGACGGCCUGUCCUUUUGUGGUGUGCGGCGAAGCCCAUCGCAGCACUUUUGGAUGAGAAAUGAUAAACCGGCCAUGAUUCACCCUGCUGGUCCCUUUGUCUGCCCUUAUUGUUCUGCUUCCAGGAAGGGAGCGCAUGAGUCAGCCCGGGGCUACUUUACCAGAUGCAGCCGUAUAUUGAAUCAGGUCCGCCACUGCGUGUGAGACGGCGAGCGAGACGGAGAUAGUAAGGUUGCGUGGCCGCCACAUUUGUUGCUCUCCUCUUUUAUCUUUUAUGGAUUAAAGCAGAUUGCGCUCCGUUGAAAGGCAGGCGGUCUGUCUGGAAGUCUCAGUGCGGCUGAUCGGAGCUGCUCCUUUUAACUCACUGCUUUUAAUAAGUCGUCUUCUUUGUCUCCACUUGUUCACCGAGCUUUUUUUUUUUUUGUUGUUUCUUUUGUUUUUUUUGUCUCCCCGAGGUGAGGACAGCAGGCUUAUAUCACAAGUAGCUCUUAGAGGAAAACUGCUGUCUGUGCGCCGAAUCCUCCUCUCUUUUUUCCUCAUCGGAUCAUGUCGGCUCGCUCUCGAUAUAUACCGUACCUUCCUCCUUUUUUUUUUUCCUUCUUUUCCCCCCAUAAUUGCCAGUGAAAUGUGCUAUUUUCUUCUCCCUCUCUCCGUACCGCCGCUGUGCUACGCUGGACUGAGCGCAGUGGGCGCUAGAGCAGCAGGGGGAGAGCGAGCGAGCGAGGGAGAGAGAGAGAGAGAGAGAAAAAAAGAGAAAAGCCUCCAGCGCACAGUGAAAAGCGUCUGUGCCGUUACCUCAGCUGAACCUUCGAAUGAACUCGUUGCACUGCCCCAGUCACGGAGCCAGGAGACGAAUCACUCGAGUAGAUUCAAAACAGAGGGGUACUGUUGAGCGAACUGAACCCUGCGCACUGCACCAGCUCCACUCUCCACACUCACAUCUCCUCUUUUCUCAUGUCAUGGUAAGUAGGAUUAGGAUUCUCUUCCCUCUCUCUCUCUCUCUCUCUCUGUCCCUUUCUCUCGCCCAUUGUUGUCGUCUGUACAUGCGUCCGUCUCCGGCAUGUCCGUCACUCUCUCGGCCUGUCAGAUAGCUUAUCAGACUGGUGUUGGCUGUUAAGAUUGCAAGGCGACAACAGUCUGUAGGCUGUCUGACAUUUCGGGCUCUUUCAUCUUGACCAGCAUCCUGUUUUGUCCUCCGUCUGUUAUUGUCAUUGUUUCAGUGAGCAUCAGUUCCCAUUUAGAGGUGUGCGCCGCGAUGUCACUUCCCUUUAUCCCAGCUGCUUGUGAAACGUCGGGGACGCGGCUCUAUUGUUUAUCUCCUCCGCGCUGACGUCUGUGGGGGUUUUGUGUGGUUUUAUGUGAGGAACUGGUUUUUUUUUUUCCUGUUUUUUUUUUUUUCUCCUGUUUGCAAAUGCAGAUGGAGUGAUGUCAGCACUGUACGUGUGUGUGUGAGUGUGUGUGUGUGUGUGUGUGUGAGUUGGCUGUUUCUCUUGAAUCUCCAGAGAAUCCAGACAUGCACACACCUUAUUGCAACACGUCUCAUUGUGACAGGCGGUCUUAGGUAUGGUACACGCCGUGCUCCACCAGCCUCCCCUUCCCUUUUACACUUCCCUCUUCUGUUGAACCCAGAACUUUCUUCUGUUGCUCAACACCAGCCCCUCUUUUUCUUUUUUUUUUUUUUUUUCUUUCUUUCAUUGUCGGAGGCUGUAUUUUAUUGGAACAGCACCCUCGAGGGGGUGUUUUUCUAAGGGCCGCAAAUUGGUAAUUAUACAAAGCUGAAAAUCACUGCUUGACCAGGAGAUGCUUUUGCCACAAAGCCAAAGUUUUAUUUUGGAUUCUUCUUUUUCUAGAAUCAAG